GACGCAAGCGGCGCGCGCCGCCGCGGUGCAUGCCGGGCCGGCGGCGGGAACAUGGCGAGCGACUUCUACCUGCGGUACUACGUGGGGCACAAGGGGAAGUUCGGGCACGAGUUCCUCGAGUUCGAGUUCCGCCCCGACGGGAAGCUGCGCUACGCCAACAACAGCAACUACAAGAACGAUGUGAUGAUCCGUAAGGAGGCUUACGUGCACAAGAGCGUGAUGGAGGAGCUGAAGAGAAUCAUCGACGACAGUGAAAUCACGAAGGAAGAUGAUGCUCUGUGGCCGCCUCCGGACAGGGUGGGCCGGCAGGAGCUUGAGAUAGUAAUCGGUGACGAGCACAUCUCCUUUACCACGUCAAAAAUCGGUUCACUCAUUGAUGUAAAUCAGUCCAAAGAUCCAGAAGGUUUGAGAGUAUUCUACUACCUGGUCCAGGACCUUAAGUGUCUCGUCUUCAGUCUCAUUGGACUGCACUUCAAGAUUAAGCCAAUUUAAAUCAGACAAAUUGAAGUUUGUAUUACAUUCUGUAUGGGGGAAUGGGUGUGGGGGGGAGGAUGCUGUUCCAGCUCGUCAGGGUUUCUGGCCUGGAGCUUUUAUGUAUUUCAGAUUUUUUUGUUGUUGUUGUUAAAAAUUAUCAGUGAGUGUCCUUAUUAAAAGGAUGAGAUUUCUUUUU